GAGGGAGGGAAAGGGGCGGGGGCGCGUUUGAAACAUCGCCCCUUUAAACACAAACCCUCGCCGGGCGGUGUUGCCCCUUUAAGCUCCGCCUCCUCGCCCCCGCUCCGCCGCUCGGCGGAGCUGCCGGAGCAGCGCGGGCCGCGGGUAGCGGCAGCAUGUCCUGAGGCGAGCGGGCGGGCGGGCGGCGCGGAGCCGGGCCCCACCACGGAGGGGUCGGUGGAGCAGCGGGCCAAGGGCCGGGCCCCCAUGAAGGAGAAGGAGUCGGGGGCGGAGCGGGGUAAACCCGCCACUUACACCGGGGACAAGAAGGCGCGCAUGGCGGCCAAGACCAACAAGAAGUGGGUGCGCCUGGCCACCGUGCUGGCCUACGUUCUCUCCGUCUCGCUGGCCGCCAUCGUCCUCGCCGUCUACUACAGCCUCAUCUGGCAGCCGGUGCGCGGCGGCGGCGGCGGCGGUUCCGGCCCCGGUCCCGCCGCCGCCGCCGUUACCUCUCAGCCCCGCGCCGCGCCGCCGUCGCCGGGCCCCGCGGUCAGCCGGCCGCCCGCCGGACCCACGCAGGAGACUCCGCCAGCGCCGCCGCGGACGGGCCCCGACCCCGACCCCGGUCUCGCCGAGACGGACCGCCCGGACGCGUCGUCGUCGUCGUCGUCGCCGCCGCCCGGGGCCGAGGCGGCCACCGCCGCGCCGCGCCGGAGCCCCUGAGGCGGCCGUCAGCGCUUGUCCGUCCGUCCGGCGGGGAAGACGGGCCCGGCGGACUGCGGGAGGCGGCCGCGCUUCGGCCCGGGAGGCCGGUGCCGCCCCCCGGGGUCCGUGUGUGUGUGUGUGUGCGCGGCGGGGGGUUGCUCCCCGCCGGGGCCGGGAGGAGGGGGAUGCAGCGGCUGGGCUCGGCGGAGGAUGGAGGCCGGCGGCGCGGCUGCCGGAGGUGGGAUCGCUCCUUCGCCCCUGCGCACCGGCCGCGCUUGGCGCUGGGGAGGCGGCACCGCGACCCCCGGCGCGGACGAGCCCCGAAAAGCUCGGGCUGGAGACUGGGCCGGCGCGGGAAGGACGUGUUUUUACUUGGUAGAACUGCGGUAUCUUUUUCCCCCCCCCCCCCCCCCCCCACCCCCCCCGUUUUUCCUCGAAAGGGAAUUUUGUGGCUUCGGUUUUUUUCCUCACCAGGGCUAGCUUCUCCCUUUGAACCUGCAUUGAAUUCCUGCGCUAUUUAUGCCAGUCUGUUACCUAUAAAAGGAUAUCGGUGUCCAAGAUUCCUCACUAUUUACGGGAUCAGCUGGGAACAAUACGAAUUUAGAGGCUGUAAUCCAUUGUUUAAGUAAAAACAGUUUUGUUUAACAAUGAGCAUAAACUUAUUUAAAAACAUGUGAAAGGUAAAUUGACUUGUUUACGAUAUUAAAAUAUUUUCCCAAUA